CACCACAGUAAACCCCUGUUGGUAGCAGGAGGUGUUGGACAGCGCAGUAAACCCCCCGCGGUUCACCUGCACUCAGUGCCCGUGCUGGAGCAGCAGCAGUGCGACACAGCCUGGCUGUCCCUGAAGGAGCCCAGGGACAUGCUGUGGCUUCAGAAAGUCCCUCACAGGGCUUUUGGUUUUCCCAGGUGCCUGUGUAAUCCUGUGGCCUUUGCAGGUAGCAGCCACUGCCUUCUUGGUCAUGAUCCAAGUUACAGAGUGUCUUGUUGAUGCUCCUGUGUGGCCUGCGCAGAUUUGACCAGGGGGAAUCUGGUGAAGGCUGAGUGGAAACCAGAACAGGGCAUCGUGGAGCUGAAGUCCCCUGCGGGAAAGUUCUGGCACACCAUGGGGUUCUCAGAACGAGGCAAACAAUGCCUGCUGCCCGAGGAAGCUCUGUACCUGCUGGAGUGUGGCUCUGUCCAGCUCUUUUACAGAGAUGUGCCCCUGUCAAUCCAGGAAGCCUACGAGACCCUGUUGUGCCAGGAGGCAAUGAGCCUGUCACAUUACCAGGUGUUCAGCCAUUUGAAGCAACUGGGUUAUAUUGUACUGAGAUUUGACCCCAGCACUGUCCUGUCUCCCUAUGAGAGGCAGCUGAACUUGGAAGGUCACUGUAAGAGCUCUGGGAAACACCAUUGCAAGAGGAGGAGGAGGAGUUCCAGCCCCCGUUUACAUGAGAAGAAACAUAAAGUAUGUGAGGACCUUCCAGAAGCUGAAGGGACCUCCAGCAAAGAUGGAGAUGACUAUGGAGACUCCAUUCCUGUGGAUGAAAAGCCCUUGUCAGUGCAGCCAAAGGAACCAGAUGCUGUCAGUGCAGAGGGGGAGUCAAUGCUAGUUCCUCUUGACACAGGACAAAAGGAUUCUCUGAGCUUCAGACAGGCUGGAGACCACAAGGAGAACAGCACUGGCACCCAUGCACCCCGCUGGGAUUUUACCACCAUCACCUUUCCCAACAUGGCCUCAGACCAGCCCUGCACACACCUGCCCUCCCCUGACAGCAGGCUCCUACCAGAGAACGUGCCAGGCAGGGAGGUGGAUGCAGCCUCCUGGUGCACACAGAUCAACCAGAAACAGGAAAAGCUGUCGCGGAAGGAGAGGAGGCAGCGCGAGAGGGAGAGCAGCUACAGGAGCAGUGUCAAUGCCGACCAGGAGGUGAGGUGCUGCUCCAACUGGCAGGAGUACAAAGCCCUCUUGGAGCAGAGGAGGCAGCAGAGGGCUUGGAAGCGACCCUCCCACCUCUGGAACCAAGCUGUCACACCACUGCUGCGGCCAGAAGAAGUGACCUCACCAGCUGAGCUCCUCGAGCAGAUCAGUGUGCUGCAGCCCUCCCACAUCCUGGAUGGAGCCUCCUGGCUGCAGGAGGACCCAGAGGCCAUGAAGAUAGACUUCAACGUGUAUCAAGCAGACGCUGUGUCCAAGUUUAAGAAGACAAAGCCUGGGAAGCCCCAUGUCAGGAUGUGUGUUCGGAGCUUUGAUGAGCAGAUCCCCUCCCUGCGGGCUUUGAAGCAGGCGACGUAUCUGAGUGGGGACGUCCCUCUGGUCUUUGCACUGGUGGAUCAUGGAGAAAUCACCUUCUAUUCACUGAAGGAGUUCAAGCUGCCCGUUGAUGUUUAUCACUGAAGCUGCUGUCACUUGCAGAAAUGGGAUGGAAUAAAGGGAACAGUUUUAC